AUGAUUUCCAAGGAAUGCGAAAAUAUCAAAGAUGAAUUGUAUCUUCCGAAUGCAUCAUCUCAGGGUUCUUCUGCUCUUCGACCAAAUAGUCUGAAUCUUCCAAUUGGAGUAGAAUCAAGAACUCAAGCCCCAACUCCCAUACCUACACCUUCUCUAGGUGAUAUCAAUCCAAUUCUUCUUACUCCCGAAUUCGAAAGAAUCUUGCAGCACCUUAAAGCUUCGCCUCAGACCCCUGGAUCUUUUCUUAACCCAAAAUUCGUAUCAGAAGAGCAAGAAAAGUUCGCUAACGUUUUCACUCAAAAACUCAAUGAAUUUAAGGAUCAAGCUUGCUUUGCGACACUUGCAACCAACUCGGGCCAUCCUAAUGUUAUAAUGAAUCCUACUAACCAGAUGGCAUCUAGUGCCUCUGAACUUGGACCCCAGCAGUUUAUCGACAUAUCAAACCUAGCAGGGAUUAUUCAGAAGUCGGUUCAACAGUCCCAAGAACAAUAUACGCAGCAUUCCUUUAUAUUGCUCUCCCCCACUGGCGUCGACCCCAGGAGCUUGUCGGGCCAUUCUGCCUCUCAGACAUUUUUUAAUCAGCUAGCUACCGACAAUUCUGUUAAUACGCUUGUGCUGGGGACGCAAGGUUCCUCUGUCACAGGGUCUUUGGCUCUCGCCAUCCCCCAGCAGGCGACCUUCAAGCAAGACAAUAACACAUUACAAAUGCCUGUUAGCUUUUCCAUCAGUAUGCCAACACAAGGCCAAGCUCAGACAGUGCCAACAGCUCAAACGUUUAUUCCUCUAAAAUCAACUAAUAGAAGCAAUGCUGAUGCCGCCCUUGGAAACAUAUCAAACUCUCCCAGCAUGAGCGCUUCAGUUCGGCCUUGUUCCGAAGCUUCUGAUCCCUCUACUCAUCUCUUUAGUGAUUGUGGCCAGACCUCAGAGCCUGCAUCGUUGGAUGUCAACACUAGGAUUUCCUCCGAUGUUUUCGACUCCCGGAGACCUAUUCGCUGCUCUUCCGCCUCAUCAGAAUCUUCAUCUUCGCACCCCCUCACAGAGUCUUCGAAGCUGGAUUCUUCGCGGCUUAGUGAUUUAUCAUCUAAUUCUCGCAUCGAUCCUAACGAACAAUCGAAACUUCGUCUCGAACGCAAGAGAGCUCGCAAUAGAGACGCAGCACGUAAGUGUCGUGAGCGUAAGAUACGUCUUAUUCGGACCCUCGAAAAGGAUGUAGCCCAACUCACAGAAGAAAAUAAAAGGCUAAAGAAUAAAUUAACCCAGAGUCGGAACGAAGUUGAACGUUUAAAGCUCUUUGUUAUUAACCAUCUGGAAAAAGGAUGUCCUAUCGUUAUCAGUUGA